CGGGCAAGCAGCGAUUGGGGGCGGGCGAGCUUGGCGCCCCAGUCCCCGUCCGGGUCCCGUUCCCCCCCCUCCCCCGACGCUCCCCGCCGGCCCGAGGCGGUAUAUCCUGCUCUCUCCCCGGCCACCUCCCCUUCUUCGUGGAAGCGGAGCGGCGGCCACGCUGGGACGCGGGAGCGAGAUGUAGCGAGCCGGGGUUCGCGGUUGGACGCUCUCCUUGGCUGGGAGGGGGUGGAGCGGGGCGCGCGCGGGGCGGCGAGGAGGACUGCGGAGGAGGAGUGAUGAGAAGAGGGGGUACCCUGCAUCCCCCGACACCGCGGGCCCCUGUUGCCACUCGCCAGGCGCCCCCUUCCUCCCAAGCGAGGGCCAGGUAUUCCACACAGACUCUUGUGACUUUAAGGACCAGGCAACUGGGAAGGUACAGGAUCUUCCCAGGAAAGGAGGAAAACUCUGGAAGAGAGGGGAGAGACAGCAGACACUUCCCUCGGGCCAGGCGAGCCUGAGGUGCUGUAAAAGCAGAAAGAAGCCCCAACCCCGGUUGAGACUGUGUCCUGACUGACCUGAACUCAUUCAGCUUUUCACGAGAGAGGGGCUUCCGCAGAGGACGCCGCAGAUCCAGAUUGGGCCCUUCCCUCCUGCGUGUCCCUGCUCCGAGGAGCCUGCCACUGCGAACCAAAGAUUCCCCUGGCACAGCGAAGGCGGCUGGAGGCAGGCACCUGCACCCCUAGCGGCGCUGCUGUGUCUGGUGAGGAGUUUCUUGUUUCCUUCCAGCUCUUGGCUGCAGUACUUGAUGGGGCUGCCUGUUGGUGGAUCAGUUUUUGCAGUGCCUGGUAGGAGUGAAGAGCCGUGGGGAGAGGUCCCGCGGCGCCCAAGCCUGGGUUCACCCCAAGACUAAGUUCUUUCCCAAGUUAAAGGGAUAGAAAGAAAGAAGAAUAAAAGGAAGUUCUCCCCUCUUUGCCUCCCUGCCUGUCAUGUCCUCUAAGUCAGAGCCAAAGGACGUCCACCAGCUGAACGGUACUGGCCCUGCUCCCUCUCCCUGUUCUUCAGAUGGCCCUGGGCGAGAGCCCUUGGCUGAGACCUCGGAGUUCCUGGGACCUGAUGGGGCUGGGGUGGAGGUGGUGGUGAUUGAGUCUCGGGCCAAUGCCAAAGGGGUUCGGGAAGAAGAUGCCCUACUGGAGAAUGGGAGCCAGAGCAACGAAAGUGAUGAUGUCAGCACAGACCACAGCCCAGCACCACCGUCCCCACUCAAGGAGACCUCCUUUUCCAUCGGGCUGCAAGUGCUGUUCCCCUUCCUCCUGGCAGGCUUCGGGACUGUGGCAGCUGGCAUGGUGCUGGACAUCGUGCAGCACUGGGAGGUCUUCCAGAAGGUGACGGAAGUCUUCAUCCUGGUGCCUGCGCUUCUGGGGCUCAAAGGGAACCUGGAGAUGACCCUGGCGUCAAGACUGUCAACAGCAGCCAACAUUGGACAAAUGGAUACACCCAAGGAGCUCUGGCGAAUGAUCACAGGAAACAUGGCACUCAUCCAGGUGCAGGCUACGGUGGUGGGCUUUCUGGCGUCCAUUGCAGCUGUCAUCUUUGGCUGGAUCCCUGAUGGUCACUUUAGUAUCCCACACGCCUUCCUGCUGUGCGCUAGCAGUGUGGCCACUGCUUUCAUUGCCUCCCUGGUGCUGGGUAUGAUCAUGAUUGGAGUCAUCAUUGGCUCUCGAAAAAUUGGGAUCAACCCAGACAACGUGGCUACACCCAUUGCUGCUAGCCUGGGCGACCUCAUCACCUUGGCACUGCUCUCAGGCAUCAGCUGGGGACUCUACCUUGAAUUGAAACACUGGCGAUACAUCUACCCCCUGGUGUGUGCCUUCUUUGUGGCCCUGCUUCCUGUCUGGGUGGUGCUGGCCCGACGGAGCCCAGCCACAAGAGAGGUGUUAUACUCAGGCUGGGAGCCUGUCAUCAUUGCCAUGGCCAUCAGCAGUGUGGGAGGCCUCAUCUUGGACAAGACUGUCUCAGACCCCAACUUUGCAGGGAUGGCUGUCUUCACACCUGUGAUUAAUGGUGUUGGGGGCAAUCUUGUGGCUGUGCAGGCCAGCCGCAUCUCCACCUUCCUCCACAUGAACGGUAUGCCCGGGGAGAACGCUGAGCCAGCUCCUCGCCGCUGCCCCAGUCCGUGCACCACCUUCUUCAGCCCUGAUGUGAAUUCCCGCUCAGCUCGGGUCCUUUUCCUCCUUGUGGUCCCAGGACACCUGGUGUUCCUCUAUACCAUCAGCUGUAUGCAAGGCGGGCACACCACCCUCACACUCAUCUUCAUCAUCUUCUACAUGACAGCUGCACUGCUGCAGGUGCUGAUUCUCCUGUACAUUGCAGACUGGAUGGUGCACUGGAUGUGGGGCCGUGGCCUGGACCCAGACAACUUCUCCAUCCCGUACUUGACUGCUCUGGGGGAUCUGCUUGGCACUGGGCUCCUGGCACUCAGCUUCCAUGUUCUCUGGCUCAUUGGGGACAGAGACACAGAUGUUGGGGACUAGCAUAACCCCUCAGAUUUCUCCCCAUCCCACUGCACUUUCUGUUUGGAGUUUUUUCUCUCGUUCCCCUACAGCCCUCUACACCCUCCCCCCACCACCAUCACAUACACUCCCUCCUCUUCCUGGGACUUCACUCCAGAUUCUCAUUAUUUUCAAUGGGAAUCCUUAUACAUUGAACCAAGUGUGGGUAGCAAAACUUCAGGAAGGAUAUAGACGGACUGAAAUCAGCAGUACAAGUGUACUUUUGAGACAAUCACCAAGUGCAAUUCCAUGGUGGGUGCCUCCCGGUGAGGCAGACUGAGGCAUGCACGUUCUGUUGGCUACCUGGGGACCCUUUGGAUUAGCUUUAUUAACUUCAGCCUUGGCCCUAAUGAGAAACCCUGUCGGAAGUGAGCUCUGGUUCUUUUGGUUUUGAUUCAUUUGCUUGGCUUGCACAGAAGGGUGAAGAGCAGUUAGCGCUCCCACAGCGGACGCCCGCUUACAGGAGUGGACCAGCUUCCCAGCGCGGGCCAGGACAGUUGCUCGAGGCCCCUGCAUUUGCAGCCCUGUUCUCUGUCCUCUGCACCUAGGCCCGUCUGCACUGAGUCAGGUGAACCAUUUGGUCUGUGCACAUGCGCCUUGCUAGACUGCCAAUUGAUUGUUUUCCAUUGCAUUAGCAGUGCCCUGGGCUCCCGCGGACCCGUGUCACUCAUGAGGUUCUCAAGACCACAUCUUCCCUGGGCCCAGAGGACCAAGUCUGUCUCUGUUCAACCCUCCUCUCUAAUUGCCUCUAAGCACUACCUUCCCCAGGGCUUGCCACAUUAGCUUUCGAAGACAGGAACAGGACAGGGGUAUGUGGAGAAUGACAUGGAAACUGAGGCAACUAGGUCUUGCUGCUGUUUUCUCCUGAGACCUUAACCACAUUGUCUACCUUGAUCUCAGUCAGCUUCUAAAGUACUCAUUCUAUCACGCCACAGAGGUCAGUUGGCCUCUGUUGCCUCCUGCCCACAGAUACUCACCAUCCACUCAUUCAUUCAGCAAAGCACAGCCUCCCCAAGAUGCGGGUAUCUGCAGCAUGGUGUGAGGCACUCUUCAUUAAGCAGCAUUCACUGUGUGCCUACUGUGGUAGGUACCGCGUCGGGCACUGACUAGCCAGUGGUAUGAGAAUCACAGCUCGAACCUCGCGUCAUUCUGUCGCUUACAGAGACUCCAUGUCCCUUUCCGUCAAGCAGUGGAAGUUCCCUCAUUGUGCCUACUUCUUCAAGCCAGGUUCUGCCUUGUUUUCCCUCCAGAUCCCAAUUCUACAACAGUGACCACAAUUCAGGCUACCAGCUCCACUGCUCAACCAGUAUUUGUGUCCAUAAAGUACCCUUCCUCGCCUCCUCUUACUUCCAGAAGAGGGUUUUGAACUAGAAGGUUAGACAUCAACUGGCUGCUUCAUCAUCUGUCUGCUCAUACAAAAUUGAGAGAAAACUGGAGCUUUUUGCACUCUGGCAAAUGUGAGAAUUGGGGUGCAAGCUUUUUCCAGUCUGAGGAACCUCCCCUGUGUUGUCUGAAGGGCUCACAUCCAAUGCAAGGCUUAGGCAAUGACCCUGUUUCUAUCAGUGUCAUACUUAGACCUUCAGACACUGUCUUCUCUCAUUCAUUUCCUCCCAAGCCAACUUUUGGAAUCCUAGAGCCUUAGAAUCAGAAGGAAUCAGAGGUUAUCUAGUUGGAGUUGAGUCCAGCCAAGCUCAUUAACACUUUACUCAGCCCAUUGGCCUCCUUUCAUCUGUUCCUCCACACACAAACCCUGAGGCAGUGAUCUCCAGCCACUUCUGCCUCAGCCACUCACCCCAUCCUGAUUUCUGCAUUUGGGUCAGGCUGUCCCAGACUGAAGUGUCCCUCUUCAUUUGCCAAGAAAGCAGAAAGGUAGACAUACCCCAGGCUCAGAGUGUGUAAGGAAUGGAUGAUUGGACUAAGAGGGACGAAGAUGAAGUUGACUUCAGUAGAAGAUUCAUUUCUUGCCCCCCGAUUGUACCAAUUGCAUGUACUUUUGGCCUGGCUGCAAGGAGAAAAUUUGGUUUACUCUUGUAUCCCUCAGAAGUUACAGAAUUGUAUCAAGAGAAUUAUUUAUAGAUACUAUAAUUGAAUUGACAAAUGUCAACAUAACUGAUAAAUUAUAUUUGGUAAAAUAAAGAGGAAGUUUAUUUCGA